UUUCUGAGAGGACCAACUUUAGACAUGUGUGUAUUCUUACAUGUUGUUUGGCCAUGUGUAGUCACAUCGUUCUAAAAUAGACACUAGACUAUUAUGUGCUACAUUAUCACACACUGAAUUCCUACACGUUAGGUUUUAUAAGUUUGAUUUCUACACGUUACAUUUCUACAUGUGGAGUUAGAUGUCCACAUAAGAGAAUGAUCUAAAAUAAACCAGGUCCACUCUGACUCUCAGUUACGCCAAUGAAGUUCCUGUCACUGUGAAUUCUUAUAAUCUCUGAAACAGUCGCGUGUUUUAUAGGCGAUGCACGCACGAUCUCCCUGGGAGAGAAGAUUAUGUUUCGCACCUCCUUUUUUGAUGAGGAUGUCGGUGAUGAUCCUGCGGUGUUUCGGUAUAGGUGGAGGGUCUCCGAACGCUUUGCUUCACAUUGUGUUACAGGAUCUAAUAGCCGUGGUGGGAGCAACCAUUGGUGCCAUGCGUAUUCCUGAAAAAUGGAUUCCAGGCAAAUUAGAUUUGGCGUUGAAUUCUCACAAUUUGAUGCACGUGUUGGUCGUUCUGGCUGUGUGUUCGAUGCAUGCGGCGACUCUUCAAGAUCUUGCUUGGAUGUCGGAUCCGUCUGCGUGUAACGAAACGAGCUCCGUCGAGUUGAUGCACGAUGAACUGUGAUUGAAUAUUGUUCUUUGAAGUCUGUGAUAAAUUGAGCCUACGAGAAUCGGCGGUUAUUUAUGUAGAUACUAGCUGACCAGGGAACGCUCCGCGGAGCGGAUAAAUCUUCGAGUACAACUGUACAGAAAUGAGAUAUAUAUAACAAAAUUUUGUGCCAUAGCGGAAUCUCGCUGUACCAAUGAGUUCUACCAUAAAUUUGGAAAUUAGAAAAUUUGUGUUCAAAUGUAAGUGGGAGCCGUAUAGCGAGACUGCACUGUAUUAUAAAGAAACGCAUGUAAUACGUGGAACAGUUCCGAGUACAACUAUCAGUACAAACACGAUUUUAUCAUAUCCAUACAAGAAACUGGAUGAACCAAUGUGAAUGUACUUUAAGUAUCAGUUGAAUUCUAGAGGGAUAAAAUGAUUGAAACGAAAUAAGCACAUCAAAAAUACGUUUAUUAUAAUGAUUAUAAGAAUUCAAUACCCACAGUAAAGUACAAGACAUGUUCCCGGACAUUCGUACCUUUGAUUCGAGAUACAUUGCUAUCAUUUUUAACAAAUAAAACUGUUCCAAAAUAUCAGUUAAAAUUCAGUUAGUUCCACGAGUGAUGGUACAUAAACGGCCCAUGUACAUCUGAAAGUUAUAGGCAUAGUCAGGGCUUGUUCUCCGCCAUUCAAUAGGUUUCGUAAUUAAAAAAUGAAGAAUACAUAUAUAUGUAUGUGUGUAUUUAGUUAAUGUAUCUUAAGUUUCUUCCAUAUACUUUGACUGAAUGUACACGUUUCCAAAUAAGAUUCUAUAUGAAACUAAUGAACAGAGCCGCAAGAAAUAUAACAUAAUAAAUAUAUUUUAACUGAAA